AUGGUAGCAGAUACGAAAUUGUAUGAUCUUUUGAAUAUUUCACCGGAUUCUACAUCCGCAGAAAUCAAAAAAUCAUAUAGGAAAUUAGCAUUACAAUAUCAUCCAGAUAAGAAUAAUAAUUCUAAAGAAUCAACUUUGUUGUUUCAAAAGAUCCAUUUAGCUUAUAAUAUUCUAAUUGAUCCAAAUAAAAGAUUAUGUUAUGACAAAUAUGGAGAUAUUAACUUAGCUAAAGACUUCGAAUCUGGUUCAACUCAGGAAGAUGUAAAUUAUGAUUAUAUGUCCAACCCAGCUAAUUUGUUCUCAAAUUUCUUUAAUAAACAUCAACAACAACAGCACCAAAACUUUCCAAAUAAUAACUCAAAUCCAUAUUCUUCCUCUUCGUCCUCUUCCACAUUUAUGUUUUCAAACCAAAAUACAAAUAUAUCAAAUAACAACAACAUCAAUAAUAAUCUUUAUAAAAAUUUAAUGAAAGGUCCCAACAUCAUCCAUCAUUUGAAAUGUUCUUUAUCUGACUUAUACCAUGGGAAAACAUGCAAAUUAGGUUUACAACGUACAAAAGCAUGCCCUGAAUGUGAACCGCUGUAUAAGCCAUGUAUUCAUUGUCAAGGAAACGGUACUAUAAAUGGAAUUAAUAAAAUCGGACCAUUAAGUCAAACAUGGUCACAGACAUGUCUCUCGUGUAAUGGAUCAGGUAUAUAUAUAGAUGCACAGAGACAAUAUUCAUGUAAGACAUGCCAUGGGAAUGCAUUUAUAAAGGAGAGAUUUAUCUUUAAGAUUAAAAUUCUACCUGGAAUGUAUCAUGGGCAAACCAUAAGAUUAAGCAAUAGUGCAGACGAAUUUAUUGCCGUUACACAACAAUCAAAUUUUAUAAAUAAUCCCUUUAAUCUUAGUGCUCACAUGAAUUCUUCCUCAUCUUGUACUACUACUAUGCAAAGAGUCGAGCCUGGUGAUGUUAUAAUAAAAAUAAUAGAGACCGAAUCGCAACUCAACAAUAGCAGUAGCAAUCCUGAUUAUAAGAUGGACAAUAACAAUAAUAAUAACAAAAAAAAGAAAAAAGAAGAAGAAUCCAUAAAGAAUACAACUCCACAAUUUAUUCGUUCGCAUACGAAGGAUCAUGAAAAUUUAUUAUUAAAUAAUUUUCCAAUAGAUAUUGUGACAUCAUUAUGUGGUGGUAAAAUAAUGAUAAACAACCAUCCAAUGGGGAAAUUGAUUCAGGUAACCAUUUUACCUGGAGAAUUAUUAAAUCCAACAGGGUACAAGUGUGUCGAAGGGUUGGGUAUGCCUAUUUAUGAUAAAACACAAGAAAUGAAGGAGAAGAAUAAUGAUCUUAAUAAGAAAAAUAACUGUGGUGCUGAAGAAGGGUUUAAAGAGGAUAUCAGUUUAGAUGAGAAUACAAGUGAUGUAAAUCAUUUAAGGAAAGGAAACUUAUAUAUUAAAUUUAUUGUGAAUUUCCCAGAUAAAUUAGAGUCACGUACAAUCGAACAAUUGAAAACUAUAUUACAAGAGGACAAAUUUAUUCGCAAACAGCAAGAAAUUGAACAACAUAACAUGGACUCUAAUCUAGAUGAUUGUGUUGAAUUAGAAGAACAUGUGUUUAAUAAUUUUAUGGAAGAACCAUCUGAGAACGUUUCAAAUCAAUUUAAAAGAAAAUAUGAAGAAGAUGAGGAUGAAGAACAAUUUUCUGAUUAUAACGUAAACGAUGAAGACGAAGACGAUAGAAAUGGUGUUAAUAAUGAAUAUGUUGAUGAGUGUGGUGAUUUAGAUGAAGAUGAAUAUGAAGGAUAUUAUCAUCAUCAUCCUAGAUUCGGACCAAAUGGAGAUCAAGAGACAGGCGACGAUUCAUAUAAAGGAACAAGACGUUACAACAAUAACAAUAGAAAUAGAAGUAGAAGCAGUAAUUAUAGUAGUUAUAAUAGCAGUGCCAGUAGGAGUAAGAACAGAAAUAGAAACAGAAACAAAAGACGUAAAUUCAAUGCAAGUAAUUUUACUGGAGACCCAUUCUUUGAUCAAAUACAAUUCCCUAAUCAAGAGAAUUGUCAUGUUAUGUAA